AAAAGCAGCUUCGUUUGAACAGACUCCUAUUCAAUGUAAAGGGUCCAUCGAAACUGAAGAUUCUGUGGCCUAAUUGUAUACUUCUAAACUUUUAAAGAUCGGAAUCAUUCACUGAGAAGUAGUCCUAUUAGUUUUAGUUUUGAAGAGGCAUUAAUUAGGAUUAACUAAAUAACAUGUAAAUGACAAGCUUUUGUUAACGAGAAAAGAUGAAUAAGACCGGUCUUUCGAAGUCUCUACCGUCAAGCGUGCUAAACGCGCCUGGUUGUCACGGGAGGCAUGUGCAGGUCCAGUUGAAUAACAAAAGAGAAAAAUAUACAAUGUAAAUGUAAUUGAAACAUACAAUAAGAGCAGCCUCUGUUAUGUUUAGUGCAUUGCGUAGAGAAUACGUCCAGGUUCAUGACGUACCAGUCGCCAAGACAAGCGUCGGUUGCUUAUCAAAAUGUGUUUCCGCAUUCGGUCGUGACCUUUUUUAGUAAAACAGGAGCAACAGAACAACGGCUGGGUGAGAGUCAACGACUAGAAAACAGUGUUUGCAGGCAAAGAAAGGGAUAGGCAUGAUGUGUAUGCUGGGGAAUGGCACAGAGCCAGCACACCCAAGGACCUGUGCUUAAUAAUUUAUGCAAGGGUCAGCCCUAGUCCCCAGCCUUUCAUAAAUUGACGCCCUCAUAAAUCCUCACAAAUUUAUAUAUUCACGUACCCUGUGGCAUUAACGAAGUGUCGUUCCACUGUGAUUUCAACAGAAUUAUUUUCAUUGAACUUCCUCUUCAACAAGAUGGUUUUGAAAGGCUUCUUCCUGAUUACCAUUUAACUGCAAACAUAGAAGGAAGUAAUUCUGCCUUGGUCACACGAUCCAAACCACAACUAUGACCUUAAGUGCGCAUGUGAAAGGCGCAUCUGCAGGCGUGUCUGCACGGAUAGAGGCAUCUGCAAUUUUCACUGGACAGGACAGAAAGCAAGGGGAAAUUCUGAAGAAGUCAAGGAAUGAAUUAAGAGAGGGGCCAUGUUUACACUACCUUUAUGGGUGUUGAUCUGGGGGAUGACGUUUCAACUUUUGUUUGUUCUCUCCAAGCAGGGUAAUGGUCCUGGCUAUUUGGGAUGUUUUGGAGACUACUAUAAUCGCGCCCUCCCGAUUGGUCCAGCAAUAGACCGCAACAAACAGUCGGUGGAGUGGUGCUUCAGAUACUGUUUGGAGUCCAGCUCGACGAAGUACAAAUACGCUGGAGUUGAAUUCACGACUGAAUGUUACUGUGGAAGUAACGAAGACUAUGACAAACAUGGGAACAAGCCUGACUCCGAGUGUCGACACAGGUGUCCGGGACACAAUGAUCAAAUCUGUGGAGAUAACUGGCGCAUAUCCAUAUACAGCAUAUCCCAAGGCGUGUGCAGUAAUGACAUUGGACCACCGACCAACGGAGACCACACCAUCACCAACCCACGUUCACUGGAUUACAAUCUCAACAACUUCAAGUUCUUUGGGACUCAUGUGGAUUUCUCCUGUGACGUUGGAUAUACUCUUCGCGGAGCCUCGUCCAUUGAAUGCAUAGAUACUGGCUACAACAACGUCACAUGGAGUGACUCGGUUCCACGUUGUGAAGUCCCAACAACAACCAUGCCUAGCACAACUUUCCAGAGCACCACAGUGGCAAUUGCGCCCUCUUCGACGCGUUUCAACAGAGAUACACCUGGCCCGAACAACCCGAACACAGGAGAGCUGAAAACAGCAACAAUAAUAGGAAUAGCAGUCGGAGCUGGAGUAGUCACAGCACUAGUACUGUCAGCAAUCUUUAUUUGGAAGAAAAGAAGAAAUACAAGAAAGAAGAGACCAGCUGUGACCUUGGCAAAGACUGGAGACCGUUACACUAACAAUGCAUACGGACUAGUCAGCCACUCUGUUUCGAAUCAGGUUAAUGCACCAGUUUACAGUGCCGUCAUCCAACAGAAGUCGCAUUGUGACGACGUGUACACAACUCCUGAUGACGUCACCAGCUCACGCAAGGAGUAGGAACCUCCCAGGCCGUCACGUGACGUCAACGUUGGGACUGCAUCACCCGAUCACGAAAGUGGGUGGGCCGAGAACACAGUGUACGAGUAUGAAUCAUUUCCUGUCGACACAAGACCCAAAAUAAAUGAUUCUGGCAGACCAACAAGCGAGGGGCCUCCACUGACGAUGGAAAUGAAGCCCGGAUGGGUGGAAAAUAUCAUCUACGAAUAAAAAAGAUACCCCAAGCGAUCGAGCCCCAUUGUAAUUAAGGUGUUUAGCAACCAUAACGUGAACAACUAACUGAAAAUAUGUACUACAAUGGCAGAACGCUCAUUCUCCCUCAAUUGAUGUACAUUUCAUUCGUGAUGUGACUUUUUUUCUGUGCCCUUAAAUCUGAAUAUUGUCUAACAGUUUGUAAGAAAGCAAACGAAGAAAUCAUAAUUACAACAAAUGACAAGUCAUAUCACCGAAGACAAAGAUUUUAUCUUAGUUGGCAAUCAUUUAGGCCUAUAUGGAAAAUCUGACGUGUUUUAUGUAGCGCUGAUACACAAGGGUUAGGCGAAUUCAUUUGUCCUUGACUAAACUUUAGUAGGGCCUAUAUAAGGAGACCUAAUUGUUCUUGUACAAUGCGUUGAGCAAACUUGAGCUUCUCAGAGUGUAUAUCAACGAAUCUGAAGACAACUUCCCUGUACAUAUUGUUAUUCUUUUGUUAACAACACGCAAAGUAAAAAAGAUAAUAAAAGCUGUAAUUUUAAAAGAAUUUUUGUUACUUACCGUUUUUACACCUUAAGACAAAAAUGCAGAAAGCACACGACUAAGAUGGAAGUCAUUUUGUCCUCGUGGGUUCCAAACCUCCUUUCAAUAUUUUUCACAAUGUGGUGGAAAACACAAAGGCAUGUUUAAGCACGAAUUUCAAGCAUGUAGACAGGUACAUGAAUAUCAGGAAAUUUCAUACUCUUAAUGCUGCAGCUUGCUAACGUUUUAUAGUGUAUAACAAGUGAGAUGUUUAUUAAAAUGUAGUUGACUUUUGAAUUUUUAAAAUAUUCUUGCGGCUACUAAAAUGAUCGAUGUAAUAAACGCAUUGAGAUAGCCUUAUAAUUAUAACCAAGACGGACAUAGUAUAAACCCACCGGUAAAUCAGAUUAGUACUACAGUCACCAUAAUAAGUAAUAAUUGGCCUCUGAGAGAAGACUUUUUCAGUCUUUGUUUUUUUCAAGCCAAUGCAGUCAAUAUUCAUCCGAUCCGACUGCCCACCACUACUUAUAUGUGAGGCCCGUGCAGCAAA